GAUCUGCCUGCCUGACAUGGUAUCUGCUGUUGCUUGUAGAAUACACUUUCUACGCCUUACAAAGACUUCUUGAUCGAGUUAGCUGAGUCGAAGACAACGGACCAGAAUAGCUAUCGAGUCGCUGAAUCAUCGAUCCUUCGUUCGUUCGAGUAAGACGCAUCAGUAAUAGCAUUCAAGCAAAAACGAACCAUAACAAUUUGGCGACGGUGGUUUUGGAAACAUGGAUCCUUCCAAACUUGAAUUAUUACUCGAGCAGCAGAUGAAACUUAUUCAGAUGUUAGCAAAUGCAAAGCUUACGUCUAAUACUCAACCAAGCAGUUCUAAUCCUACUACUACUGCACCAUCAGUUGAUGGUAUCGCUAACAGUAUCUCCGAGUUUCAUUACGAUCCAGAAUCCAAUGUCACGUUUGAUAUGUGGUUUCGACGUUACGAAGACUUAUUCAAAUUCGACUUUGCUAAUCAGGAUGAUGCUUGGAAGGUCCGCUUGCUGCUUCCAAAGUUGGGUCCUAGUGAACUAGACAAUUAUUGCAACCUAAUUCUGCCUCUAAACCCACGCGAUCGCUCAUUCUCGGACGCUGUCCAGUCAUUGAGCCAACAAUUCGGAGACAACUCCUCACUAUUCAAUGCGCUUUAUCGAUGUUUGAAGCUCACUAUGAACGAAGAUGAUGAUUUUCUCACACAUGUGGGUAUUGUUAACCGAGAAUGUGAACGCUUCCGGUUGAAGUCGCUUACUGAAGACCAAUUUAAAGCACUCAUUCUCAUCUUCAGCCUUCAAUCACAGAAGUUCAGUGACGUUAGAACACGUUUGCUAAGUCGAUUGGACCAAGAUCCAAAACUAACCCUUAAUGAUAUUGCAAACGAAUAUCAACGCCUAAUCAAUCUACAGCGUGACACUACGAUGGUCCAGCGUGGUGGUUCAGAUCGUGCUGAAGUUCAUGUAGUCCAACAACCGCAUAAAUCUGCCCCAGCAACAUCUGGUUCAGGUCAAAAGACAAAAACAAAUCCUCCUGCCCCAUGCUGGCACUGCGGUGCAUGGCAUUUUGUUCUAUACUGUCCAUAUAAGCAACAUCGGUGCAGGAAAUGUAAUGCGGUGGGUCAUAAAGAUGGGUUUUGUCGAAAAAAGAAGCCAAGCAACUCCAAAGGUACCAAAAGGCCUACGCCUAGAUCCAACACGAAUUCGUUGAGCUUAAUAGCAAGCUGUGAGAACUCAUCCCCAGUUGAGAGGAAAUCUAUUACCCUUAAUAUUAAUGGGCACCCAUUUAGAUGGCAAAUAGACACUGCAUCUGAUGUAACAAUUCUCUCACGAAAAUAUUGGAUCAGAAUGGGAAGACCACGCAUGGUUCUAACAACACAAAAACCUCGAACUGCAUGCGGUAAUUACCUACGUUUGUUGGGACAACUAGAUUGUAAAGUGUCUUUUCACGAUUCGACGUUUACCGGUGUAUGUUCCAUCACACCAGCUGGUCUUAAUCUAUUUGGAUUAGACUGGUUUGACCGGCUAUGUUUAGCUGACGUUCCUUUGAGCACCGUAUGCCAUCUGAUGAAACAAUCUCAUGAACCUGAAACAUAUUCGAAAGAACUACUGACGGAGUUUUCAACCAGCGAACACCAUACGGCCGGCGAAGAUGCAGUUAGUGCCUCCCUAAUGACAGAGGACCGCGCGCAGUGCUACCUGACAACUGCUAUUCGUGCUUUGUCAGUCUCAGCAGCUGAAAUACAAUCUGCAUCCAAGAACGACUCCAUCAUAAAGAGAGCGAUGAAAUACGUCACUAAUGGCUGGCCGCCGACUGGACUCGAUGGUGACUUGAAACAGCUUUACCACUGUCGGGACUCAUUAUGCGUCGUAAACGAAUGCUUGAUGUUUGGAGAUAGAGUAUUGGUACCAGAGUCCUUAAGAUCAAGGGUGCUAAAGCAAUUCCACACUGGUCAUCCUGGUAUAAAACGAAUGAAAUCCAUCGCCAGAAGCUAUGCUUAUUGGCCCCUCAUGGACCAACAUAUCGUGGAUUUAGUAAGCAAAUGCACACAAUGUCAGCAAGCAGCCAAGUGUAACGCGGAAUCAGUGCCGGUCCCAUGGCCACAGCCUGAGUAUCUCUGGUCCAGGAUACAUAUCGAUUUCGCAGGCCCCAUUAAUGGAAUCACCUAUCUAGUCGUUGUUGACGCCUUUUCGAGAUGGCCAGAAAUCUUUCCCGUCACGCCACCAACGACAACCCAAACGAUGCAACUUUUGACAGAGAUGUUCUCUCGCAACGGAUUACCGGAUAUAAUCGUUUCCGAUAAUGGUUCGCAAUUCACCUCAAGUCAAUUUCAAGAAUUUUGCAAACGCCUAUCUAUCAAGCAUUUCCGCUCUCCGCCUUACCACCCACAGUCAAAUGGCCAGGCAGAAAGAUUUGUGGAUAUAUUCAAGAGAGCUCUAAUGAAGUCGAAAGGGGAGGGAACGCCAGUAGAAACACUGCAGAAUUUCUCGUUUGUUUACCGAACAACACCUAGUGAUAUGCUAACACAGCAGAAGUCCCCCGCAGAGAUCCUGAUGGGAAGGAAAUUGAGGACGACCCAUAGUCUGAUGUGCCCAAGAACCACACCACCACCAUCUCAGACCAAAUCUCAGAAGCUUCCAGCGUACGAGGUUGGAUGCCCUGUGUUCGCUCGAGACUACAGAGCAAAUCAUGGUCCUUGGAUCUAAGCACGUGUGGUUGGAAGACUAGGCCAAGUUAUGUACAAUGUAAAGGUGGGAAGAGACACAUGGACUAGACACCGAAAUCAACUACGUAAGCGGAUAGCCCCAGACCACCCAUCAACAGGGCUAAAUCUUCCUCUCGACAUCUUGCUUGAUACUUUCAACUUACCGGCAACCCUACCACUAGAAAAACUCCAACAACAAGCUGAAACACGUCCCAGACGGUGGCUUAUAAGAGAACGGCGAGCUACAGUCAAGAUGCAGGUUGACCCCAGAAAAGCCCGCUAUUAAAAAGGGGAGGAGUGUUGGGGACGAUAGAUCCCCAAACUCAUAUUUUAAAUUUUAUCGCAUCGAUCAACUUGUUGAUUAAAUGUUUAAAUAUUUGUAUUGGGGUCAAUUGAUGAACUGAUCGGUUAAAUGUUUGAAUAGCAGUCAAUUGAUGAACUAUCGAUUAAAUGCGCAAAUAGGUCGAUUGAUGAACUAUCGAUUAAAUGCGCAAAUAGGUCAAUUAAUGAACUCAUUGAUUAAUGUUUAAAAAUUUUCUAUGACAAUAUCGAUUGUAAAUAAUUGUAUAAAUACGCUUGACUUGUAUGCUUGAUCUGAUCUGCCUGCCUGACAUGGUAUCUGCUGUUGCUUGUAGAAUACACUUUCUACGCCUUACCAAGACUUCUUGAUCGAGUUAGCUGAGUCGAAGACAACGGACCAGAAUAGUCUAUUGAGUCUCUGAAUCCUGAGCCUUCGUUCCGUUCCGAAUAAGUCGAAUCAGUAGUAUCCUCGAAGUUAACAAACCUAACAGGUUCGAAUCACGCAAUCCUCAAAGCUGAACAUGAGACAACUGUGAAAAUGCGUAUUCAACAACUAACACGAUUGUUAACAAAGGAGAGGGGGCGAAUUAAUUAGUUAAACUGAGUGGCAUGUCCCAGCCUUUCAGGUAUGGUCAUUCGUGUGUAAAUUAUAUCCGUUAUUCAUGUUAAAUGUCCUGUUCCAUCUUC